UGGAAAAUGCUGGGGGUCGAGAGCCAGAGCCUUUUGUUCUCUUAGCUGUUGCCAGUGGCUCCCUAAGUGACUUUGGGCGAGUUCCGCUCCUCACUGGGCCUUCCUCUCCCCACCCACAAAGUGAGAGGGCUCUUUGGGUGGGUCUCCCUAAGUUUCGAACAGACUUCAAUUCAUUUCCUUGACCAACUUCCUUUAAGACAUGUCCCAGAUUCACCAGCCAUAUCCCUGCCAGGGCAAACAAGUGGCUGCACUCUGACCUCUCAGGUUUCAUCAGGAAACCUGAAUCAACUCUGUCUGGGGGGAAGAAACUGCAUCCAGUCUGUGGACAAUAGGCUGAGGAAUUUGGUUCCUGUGCAUUGAGGCACUAAUUCUUUCACUGCUGGCCACCCAAGCAGAUGUCAUUACCUCCAUUAAAGAUGAAGCAGGGGCUCAGAGGGGCUUCACAACAGGAUCUUCUGCUGUGAAACAUUAACCAAGUGCCAGAAAUUCUGACCCAGGAGGCCUGGAAAGAGACAACCAUUAGGUUGUGGAGGUGUGUCUCGUCCAACUCGUUUCUUCUUGGCCCUUGGAACCUAAGGUAGACCUGGAGUAGACUCGGCCUCCUGCUGCGGAUCCAUGGCUCACCGGCUUCAGAUACGGCUGCUGACAUGGGACGUGAAGGACACACUGAUCAGGCUCCGCCACCCCGUGGGAGAGGAAUAUGCCUCCACAGCCCAGGCCCAUGGGCUGGAGGCAGAGGCCCCAGUCCUGGAGCAAGCCUUCAGGCAGGCGUUCAGGGCUCAAAGCCGCAGCUUCCCCAACUAUGGCCUGAGCCAUGGCCUCACCUCCCGCCAGUGGUGGCAGGAUGUGGUCCUGCAGACCUUCCACCUGGCGGGUGUUCAGGAUGCCCAGGCUGUGGCCCCCAUCGCUGACCAGCUGUACAAAGACUUCAGCAACCCCGGCACCUGGCAGGCGUUGGAGGGAGCUCAGGACACCCUGCAGGAGUGCCGAAAACGAGGUCUGAGGCAGGCAGUGAUCUCUAACUUUGACCACCGGCUAGAGGACAUCCUGGUGGGUCUUGGUCUGCGGGAACAUUUCGACUUUGUGCUGACCUCUGAGGCUAGUGGCUGGUGCAAGCCAGACCCUCGCAUUUUCCACAAGGCCUUGCAGCUAGCUCAUGUAGAACCGGCAGUGGUAGCCCAUAUCGGGGACAGUUACCACCAUGAUUAUAAGGGGGCACGGGCUGUAGGCAUGCACAGCUUUCUAGUGGUUGGCCCAGGGCCUUUGGACCCUGUGGUCAAAGAUUCUGUACCCCAAGAACAUAUUCUCCCCUCACUGCCCCAUCUCCUACCUGCCCUUGACCGCCUGGAGGCCUCGCCCACAGGGCUGUGAGUCUGGUGAGGGAAGUGGCUGGGCCCAACAAACACUGCAGACAGGGAGCCCUUUCCUUCCCAAGAUCUGGCCUUAACUCCUCCCUGCAGCCUCCGUGAUGCCUUCUGACUAUAAAGCAGAGUGUGAGGCUUUCAGCCCUGCCCCACUAACCAGUCCUGGUCUGAGACGGUUCAUUCAUCAUGCCUGGGUCCCUUUUGCACAAUCCCCUCACCUCCAACAAGGUUCACUAAGGGCCCAACUAGCUUCCAAACCAGGCACUUUGAAACUUCGCUUUACCAGCAGGGCUUUUGAUAUUAUGUGGAACCCCAAUAUGCAAAAUAGGAAAAAAGGAGAGACUGCUAGGGUUGAAGCAGAGGUUCUGGGGCCCCUCAUUCAGGCCCCGAAGCCUCUGUAACUCUCCCCUCACCCCACAAAGCUUGAGGUCAGAGUUGAGUUGGAAAAUCGGGGCGCUGCCCUGCUGAUGUGGUUCAGUGGAUUGAGCCUUGUCCCAUGGACUGGGAGGUCCUGCUUCAAUUCCCAGUCAGGGCACAUACCAAGGUUGUAGGCUCGAUCC